AUGGUGUUAGCCACAGGCAUGAUGGCCUCGUGGCGAUUAUAUGCGGUAGUUGUUACUGCAGCGCUGGCAUGUUUGGUUCGCGCAAGCCCCUCGGUCAAUGUCGCUUUACAGGCUUCAUUUGAUUCAGCGCCUUAUCUUCUGGAGCUUUUAGAAACAGCCGCCGAGGAAAACCCAACCGCCUACUUCCCACUUCUGGACCGUAUCGCAGACGGUAUCUUCGACGACGCAGUUACUGACAAGGAGCUUUACGACCGAUUCCUGAAAGUCGUUCACGAAGAUGGAUACCUCGCAACGCCGGAAAGCCUCUCAUCCUUUAAGCUGUCUUUGGCGAUUCGAUCGGCGACGCCUCGCAUCGAGGCUCAUUAUCAAUUCUACAAUACCUCCGUUCAGCAAUCUUUGAUGGCGGCGCAGGAUGCGGCGUGUCCUGUGUGGGCGCAUUCGGAGGGAAAGCAGUACUGUUCUUCUACUAUGGAGCGUGCGCAGCAGGAUGUUUUGGGAGAGCUUGAUCCACGAGAGCUUCCGUUUGACCGAGUCUUGGGCGAUGUUUCUUUGCCCCCUGCCAUUUUGUAUGCGGAUGUUGCAUCGCCUAUGUUCAACGAGUUCCAUCAGACCUUGAGUGCCCUUGCCAAAGAGGGCCAAAUCUCAUACCGAGUGCGCUACCGACCUCCCCAACAUUGGAGCUCUCGUCCUCUGUUUGUUUCCGGCUAUGGAGUUGAGCUUGCGUUGAAACGAACGGACUAUAUCGUUAUCGAUGACCGGGCUGCUGAAGAGAGAGAUAGCCAGGAAAGCAAGUCCUCCGAAGAUGCUCUUGAUGAUCUCAAGCCUCUGUCUUCAUCAGAAGUUUCUCGUCUGGGUGUAAACACCGCCAGCUAUGUGAUGGACAGCGCCGAUCCUCUGGACACCCUCGUGAAGGUUUCCCAGGAUUUCCCCAAAUACUCAUCCCGAGUCGCAGCUCAUAAUGCAACCCCCGAGCUUCUGGAAGAUAUCCGCUCGAACCGCGGCCGAAUGAUUCCUCCGGGCGUUAAUGUCAUGUGGAUUAACGGUGUUCAGAUGGAUGCUCGGAAGAUCGAUGCAUUCUCUCUCCUGGACCACCUUCGUCGCGAGCGAAAACUGAUUGAAAAGUUCCGCAACAUUGGGUUUUCUGCCCAGGAGGCAGUGGAAAUUCUGUCUCAUCGUUUCCUUGGUGAGGCUUUGGCGAAUGACGAGCCUGCACGUUAUAACUACCGGGAUGAUAUCGAGGGUGGCGGUGUUAUCAUAUGGAUGAACAACCUCGAAAAGGAUGAAAAGUAUCAGAAUUACCCUAGGGAGCUUGCAGCGAUUAUGCAACGAGUUUAUCCCGGUCAACUCCCCCCAUUGGGUCGUGAUUUGCACAAUAUUCUUUUCCCGGUUGAUUUGAGCGACGCGGAGGACAUGAAUUUGGUUGUGAAGACCGUCAAGGCUUUCGUGAAGAACGGGAUUCCAGUGAGAUUUGGCUUGGUUCCUACUGUGUCCUCGCAAGGGUCUAUUGCACAGCUCAAGGUGGCCCAUUACCUGCAUGAAACUUUUGGACUAGGUAGUCUUAUAAGCUACCUGGAGGAGUCUGCUUCGAAGAACAAGAUCGCGUCCCCUGACAAGUCUUGUUUCCAGACUGCGAUCAAGGACCGGAAUGUCCGUGGCGAGAAGCAGAAUCUUGCAUUCGAGGAUGUCUUGAAGAGCGAGGAGCUUGACACCACUGUGUCGCGAACAAUCAGCUACCAAAAGCGACUGGGCAUCGAGCGUGAAGGAUCGCAGUUCUUCGUUAACGGAAUUGCGAUAACCCGUGAUGACAACUGGGUAAAGGAAAUGAGUAUGCGGGUCAACCAAGAUCUCCAAACAAUCCAGGAGGGUAUCAUGGAGGGUGUAUUCGAGGAGGAUACAUGGUUGCCAGGAUUCUUCCUCGCUCAAGCCUUCGAUAGACGCAACCCCCUGAUUAUCCCCGCGGAUCCUAAGGAUAUUCGGAUUGUGGAUCUUGCAAACGUUUCUGAGACAGCGAAGGAAAUCUUGGAUAAUACCCCCCGACUCGAAGCGGACAAAGUGGACGUCCUUGAUAGCGCUCAUGUGGCCGUCGUGGCUGAUUUUGACUCUGAGAAGGGCCUCGAGCUGCUCAUUGCCGCCCUGAACUUCCGGAAAGAACAUGACCAGGUGGAAGUUCUCUUUGUUCACAACCCCGAGGAGCAGGCGAGCCCACGCGCAUCUGCAAAGUUGUACCAGUUGCUUAAGAAGGGAAGUGGUGCCGAUGCUGCACAGAUUCUGGCUGAUAUCGAGUCUGAAUCUCAAGUAUCUGAUGAAGAGGCCCAAGAGAUCUCUCAUUUCUGGGCGGUACAGCAAUCUCUUGCUGGCGACCUUGGCUUUGCCCCUGGAACCAGCGGUGCCGCCCUCAAUGGAAGGGCGAUCGGACCUAUCCCUGACGAUUCUGUACUGAACAAGGAUGACUUUGCCGGGUUCCUGGACCAUGAACAGCAGAAACGGAUAGCACCCAUCACGAAGGCUGUCAAGGACCUUGGGAUUGGCUCGAAGCUUUCUGGCCCUCUUGCCCUUGCGAAGCUCACCUCUCUUACUGCUCUAUCAAGAAUCUCAGACGUCCCUGAAGGAAUUUUCGAGUCUCUUCCAGAUAUUCGGUUGAACCUUUUCGACCAUUUUGACAAGCCUGGAUCGGUUAUUACUGUUUCCAAUUCUGAAGACCCAGCAAUUACUAUCGUUGCCUCCAUCGACCCAACUUCCGAAGUAGCCCAGAGAUGGUUGCCGAUUCUUAAGGUGCUUUCUGAGCUGUCCGGUGUUAGACUCAGGUUGUUUUUGAACCCGCGGGAACAGAUCCAAGAGCUUCCGAUCAAGCGCUUCUACCGCUAUGUGUUGAAUUCCGAACCCUCAUUCGACGGCAGCGGAUCGAUUUCACGACCUACGGCAUCCUUCUCUGGUGUUCCAGUAGAGGCACUGCUCACUCUGGGCAUGGAUGUCCCAUCAUCCUGGCUUGUCGCUCCCAAGGACUCUAUCCACGAUCUCGAUAACAUCAAACUGAGCUCGCAGAAGGCAGACUCGGAUGUGGAAGCUAUCUACGCAUUGGAACAUAUCCUGAUUGAAGGACACUCCCGAGAUCUGACGACCAAGUCUCCUCCAGCAGGUGUUCAGCUUACUCUUGGGACCGAGGAGAACCCCAACUUUUCUGAUACCAUCAUCAUGGCUAACCUGGGCUAUUUCCAAUUCAAAGCCCAGCCAGGAUUGUGGAAGAUUAGCCUGAAGCCAGGACGCAGUCAGCGCAUCUUUAAUCUCGACAGCGUGGGAGGACUGGGCUACAACCCGCAACCCGGCGAUGAGAACACUGAAGUGGCACUGCUUUCUUUCCAGGGCCAGACUCUCUUCCCUCGCCUUUCGCGUAAAAAGGGCCAUGAGACGGAGGAUGUUCUGGAAACAGGUCCUGCGCCUGGCUCGCCGAUGGACUAUGUCUCCAAGGGGUUCAACUUCGCACAGGGUGUUCUAUCCAGCGUCGGAGUCGGCUCCAAGAGUAGCUCUGAGAAGCAGGCCGAUAUCAAUAUAUUCUCCGUUGCAAGUGGUCAUCUGUACGAGCGGAUGCUGAACAUCAUGAUGGUGUCUGUCAUGCAAAACACUCAACAUACCGUCAAGUUCUGGUUCAUCGAGCAAUUCCUCUCGCCGUCUUUCAAAUCCUUCCUGCCACACCUGGCUAAAGAGUACGGCUUUUCAUACGAGAUGGUCACGUACAAGUGGCCUCACUGGCUUCGGGGACAGAAGGAGAAGCAGCGCGAGAUCUGGGGAUACAAGAUUCUCUUCCUGGAUGUCCUCUUCCCUCUCUCCCUGGACAAGGUGAUUUUCGUCGACGCAGACCAAAUCGUCCGAACAGACAUGUACGACCUCGUCACCCUCGACCUGGAAGGUGCCCCGUACGGCUUCACCCCAAUGUGCGACUCCCGCGAGGAAAUGGAAGGCUUCCGUUUCUGGAAACAGGGAUACUGGAAGAACUUCCUUCGCGGCCAACCCUACCACAUCUCGGCCCUCUACGUCGUCGACCUGGCUCAAUUCCGGGCUCUCGCGGCAGGCGAUCGUCUCCGUGGUCAAUACCAGAUGCUCUCCGCCGACGCCGGCAGUCUGAGUAACCUCGACCAGGACCUACCAAACCACAUGCAACAUUACAUCCCGAUCAAGAGCCUGCCGCAGGAGUGGUUGUGGUGCGAGACGUGGUGCUCUGACCAAUCGCUCAGCCAAGCGAGAACCAUCGAUCUGUGCAAUAACCCACAGACAAAGGAGCCCAAGCUGGACAGAGCUAGAAGACAGGUUCCCGAGUGGACAGCUUAUGAUGAUGAGAUUGCCGCCUUGUCCAAACGGGUGGCCCUUGCACAGCAGCAGCAGGAACAGGAAGGCGAGGAAGCGGAAUCCCCUGAAUGGAGAAAGGAUGAGUUGUAG